AUGACUGUUACUAAAGUGGAAGCCUAUAUUGAAGCUUCAGUAAGGAAAACUGAAGAAAUUGAAAAAUAUAAUAAAACUGAUUCCACUUUAAAAGAAGGUGCAGGAAAAAAAUUAUUAAGAAAAAUUGAUUCAAUUAAUUAUCCUGUUCAAUGUACAGAAGAAACAGUUAAAAGUGCUAGAGCUAUACAACUUGAUACUAAUGAUAUUUUUUUAAUAUCAUUUCCUAAUUCAGGAAUUGAAUUAUUAAAAAAUAUUAUUUUAGAAUUAUUAGAUGGUAAAGUAAAUGAUGAAUACAAUUUUCCAACAAUUGAAUAUUUUGGAUCAGCUGUCAUUAAUAUAUAUCCACCACCAAAAUAUUUAAAAACAUAUUUAAAUAUUAAUUUAUGUCCAAAAUUAAAUAAUUGUAAAGUAAUAAUACUGAUAAGAAAUCCAAAAGAUGUAGUAUGGUCAAUGUAUAAAUGUAUUACAGAUAAAAAUGAUAUAUCAUUACCUUCAAAAGAUUUUGAUGAAUUUCUAAAUGCUUUUUUGAAAGGUGAAACUGAAUAUGGAGAUUAUUUUAUUCAUUUUCAAAAUUUAAUACCAUUAAUUGAAGAUAAAAAUAAUUUAUUAUUAACUUAUGAACAAACGACAUCCGAUAUCGUAACAACAAUAACAAAAUUAGCUAAAUUUUUAAAUUUACAUGAUAAAGUAUCUGAUCAAAAAAAAUUAUUUCAAAUAGUUGAAGAAGUAACAUUACAUAAUGAAUUUAAUUAUAAUUAUACUAUAAAAGAAUGGAAAAAAUGUUUUGAUGAAAAACAAUCAUUAAAAAUAGAUGAAAAAUUUGAAACUUUUUUUAAAGGAUCAAUUUUAGAAAAUAUUUUUGAUAACAAAAUGAAAUGGUGA